UCUGAAUGACUGAGCAAGGCGAAAGGAGAAUCAAUCAACCACAAUGUGACCCUACAGGCGGAAAAAACAGCACUCCCACCAGCAAGCGACGGGGGAAGGGAAGCACAUGUAAUCAGGGCAAUGUUGCAUCAUAUACUUAUGCUUGCUUUUUAAGGCAUCCUUCUCUUGUUUUAUUUGUUUUUCCCUUCACAGUUAUGUGUAAGGAUCUAAGAAAAAUGUGCUAAAUCGUAAAGAACCAGACAAGGGUCGCACACAAAACCUGCUGAAAAAUAAGACUUUUCGAGUCCUUGAAAAACAAUUCUAAUGUAAUCCGUUCUGCUGAAUCACAAUUAUGGAGAUGCUGAUUUAUAAAGACCAGCGUUGACAUUUUGGUUUGUGAACCCAGGAUCUACAACAGAAGAGUUAUCAUGCACAGUUAGUAAGAAGAAAGAAAAAGAAAGUCAAUGUGCUGAGACUGUGUUGAAGUUAAGAAGUUAAGGACUGAAGCUACCUACCCGUUUGUGGAACUAAAAAGCUGUGUCUUGUAAACCACAUUGUGUGUGAGGAUCUAGAUGAGCAACAGUCUGCUGUGCUAUACAUUCAUUAUGUGGCAGUACAUUUCCUACUUCUGAAAAUAAUCUUGGAAUGCUGAUUGUCAAAGUACAUUUGGUCUGGAUUUGAUUGUAUGUGUAUGUAACAGAUGUUUGGAAACUGGCUGUGAUAGAGAAUCAGAAAAAAAUAAAAACGUGGAUUGGCUACAUUCACCCCCAGUAGCGGGAGCCUCCCUUCCUGUAGACCUCAUCAUUUUGAGGUUGGGCUAAGAUGAGCAUAACCAGUGACGAAGUGAAUUUCUUGGUGUAUCGCUAUCUUCAGGAGUCAGGUUUCUCGCACUCUGCGUUCACAUUCGGUAUUGAAAGCCACAUCAGCCAGUCCAACAUCAAUGGGACAUUAGUGCCACCUGCAGCUCUUAUCUCUAUCCUGCAGAAAGGUUUACAGUAUGUUGAAGCUGAGAUCAGCAUCAAUGAAGACGGCACAGUGUUCGAUGGUCGGCCGAUAGAAUCGUUAUCUCUGAUUGAUGCUGUGAUGCCAGAUGUUGUACAGACCAGGCAACAAGCCUUUAGAGAGAAGUUGGCUCAGCAACAGGCAGCUUCAGCAGUAUCUGCACCAAGUGCAGCACCUGUCGUCACUGCACCAGCUGUUCCUGCAUCACAACAGAACACACCAAAGAAUGGAGCAGCCACUGUGAACGGUGAAGAAAAUGGGGCACACGCAAUAAAUAACCAUGCAGAACCAAUGGAAAUUGAUGGUGAUGUGGAAAUUCCACCCAACAAAGCCACGGUACUUCGUGGGCACGAGUCCGAAGUAUUCAUUUGUGCCUGGAAUCCAGUCAGUGACCUCCUAGCUUCCGGGUCAGGAGACUCAACAGCAAGAAUAUGGAAUUUGAAUGAAAACAGUAGUAGCACCACUCAACUAGUUUUAAGGCACUGUAUACGAGAAGGGGGGCAAGACGUUCCGAGCAACAAAGAUGUCACUUCGUUGGACUGGAAUGCUGAGGGCACACUUUUAGCAACAGGAUCAUAUGAUGGCUUUGCAAGAAUCUGGACGCAAGACGGCAAUCUCGCUAGCACUUUAGGUCAGCAUAAAGGUCCCAUCUUUGCACUGAAGUGGAAUAAGAAGGGCAACUCCAUAUUGAGUGCAGGUGUUGAUAAGACUACAAUAAUCUGGGAUGCUCACACAGGAGAGGCAAAGCAACAGUUCCCCUUUCACUCAGCUCCUGCACUAGAUGUGGACUGGCAGAACAAUACCACCUUUGCCUCCUGUAGCACAGACAUGUGCAUUCAUGUUUGUAGACUUGGCUGUGACCGCCCAGUCAAAACCUUUCAAGGACAUACAAAUGAAGUUAAUGCAAUCAAAUGGGACCCAUCAGGACUGCUUCUAGCAUCCUGCUCAGAUGAUAUGACACUGAAGAUCUGGAGUAUGAAACAAGACGUGUGUGUACAUGACCUGCAGGCCCACAAUAAAGAGAUCUACACAAUCAAAUGGAGCCCAACAGGUCCCGGCACCAGCAACCCAAACUCAAACAUCAUGCUAGCAAGUGCGUCAUUUGAUUCAACAGUGCGACUAUGGGACGUUGAGCGAGGCGUUUGCAUCCAUACUUUAACAAAACAUCAAGAACCCGUCUAUAGUGUAGCCUUUAGUCCUGACGGAAAGUAUCUGGCUAGUGGCUCAUUUGAUAAAUGUGUCCAUAUAUGGAACACUCAGAGUGGUUCUCUAGUACACAGCUACAGAGGAACAGGAGGAAUAUUUGAAGUUUGCUGGAAUGCGAGAGGAGACAAAGUAGGAGCAAGUGCAUCUGAUGGAUCUGUCUGUGUUCUGGAUCUGAGGAAGUGAAGCCAAUAAUCCAUAAAGUUUAAAUGGACCAGCAGCAAAUGUGCACUGUUUGAAACCUCAGAUUCCGGUAUUGUACAAUCAUUGACUAAGUCAGAAUGUACAACUUAACCAAACCUCCCUAAAUGAAGAACACUUAAGGAUGUCCACAAUCUUCAUGGACCCAUUUCACAAGAUAUCCUGCUGGAGUUGACUGUGUUUCAGCCGGACUUAAUGUGUUUCCGCUCCAGAAGAAGCAGGCCAAUUUUUGGAUUCCCAGACAUGUUUGGUUUAGGAGUAUAUGGCAGAAACAGCAGUGACAAAAAAUAAAGUGAAAACACAGUGCAAGUCAAAAUAGAAAAAAAAGAAAAAGGAUGCAAUGAACCAAAAGGGAAAACCAAUUUAUAUUAAUUUGUUUUACUUCAAACCUCUACUUUAGACCGUUUUUCCAAAGGACCUACAAAGACCAGUUUUUAAUAAGAAAAAAUUAAAAUCUACAUGACUUUGUAUGACAACACUUUCUAUUUUCUAGACUACUUUUUGUUUGCUUUCUUUAUCUGUUCAGUGGUUUUCUACCAGCUCAAACUAGUGAAUUAGGGGACAUCACAUGGUUAAGUAAGGAACUAAUGUUGCUUUCAGUUCAGCUUCUUUCCUAUGUCCACAAUCGAUGUGACCUGCUGGCUAGUAACUCACUUGAAGAAAUGCUUACUCUUGCUUCUUGCAAAAAAAAAUUUUUUUCUGGUCACUACAUUGGCUCCUAUAUUGAUAUACUCUUAACAAGUUCAGUAUGGAGUGUCCAGCAUUGCGUUUUCAUAGCAAAGGCCUCUACUACACUGAGGAGGUUUCCCCUCCACAGAUCAGCUUAUAAGGGCACUUCUCAUGACACAGUGUGACAUGUUUUUAUAACAGCGCAACGCUGGGAAAGCUUUUUACAAAAAGAAAGAUGAACUUUUAAAGAGAAAGAACCCACUGUAUUUUUUGAAAAGAAAAACAAAUAUUUUUUAUGUUAAAAAUCUUAAUUCUAAAAAUGAUAAAAAAUGCAAAUGUUGGGAUUGUCUAAGUCAUGCAAAAACAAAGUAAAAAAUACAAAGGUAUAUUAAAGACUCGGUACCCUUUUUUGA